AUGUUUAUAAUGGUUGCUUACUUUCAGAACAUUCCCGUUAGCGGAUCUGCCGCUGUCGCGCCACCAGAAUUCCUUACAAUAGGCUAGUGAUGAAUUUUAUGUGUUUUUAGAGUAAAUAUGAGGAAAAUUUCUUUCUUCGCAAAACUGAACUUCUUUUAUUUGUUUCAACAGGUGCUGUGUUAUCCGAUAGCCCUCGAGUCGACUAUGAGGACGCCUUUAGACUCGCUAUCGACACAAUAAACAGUAACAACUCAAUAUUACCAAGUACGAAGCUCAGAGUAAUUGUCAACAAGACAGCAACACUGAAUGCUUUCAAAAACAUCGAGAUGGGUAAGUUAUAAAUCGCGAUGCGGGAACUUCGUGUGAAAGUCAGUAUCAAUUUUCGUAAUCCUAGCAUCAAGUUUGCUAAGGAUGAUGUCUUUUUGCUGUUUCACCUGGCUGAGAGAUGAGACCAUGCUGCUAGUAAACAAUCCUUUAACAUGUGGAAAUGAAGGUCAAAAAUCAAAUAUGAUAAACUACUGAUAAUACAAGUUGUUUAAUCCUUAUUAUUCAAGGUCACAAGCAUUUUGUAAAUGUAGUUAGGGCAUGCGUUUAUUUUUUUUCGUGACCGAUUCGGUCGAAGCUCUGUUUGCAUCGUCACUUUUUUAAGUAGCGAUAAACUGUUCCAAUUUUACCCCCUGUGUUUUGCAAUAUCCCCUAGCUUGCAGAUUUGCAUUUUCGUUCAUUUAAUAUUUUGAGGACUGUUGUGGGAGACGUUUUAAAGAUAGUUGUCAGUUAUCUUUAAAAAGGAACUGUUUGGUAACUUCCGUGGUUUAUUCUUUUAUGAUGGUGUUGAUUACAGUUCGACCUUUUGUUAUACCAGGUUCUAUGGCGGGAGAUGAAAGGAGCUCACAAUAUUUUAAAGUUGAACGCAAAAGAAAAUGAAAAUGGAAGAAAAAAAAGGAACCGUACAUGCUGGCUUACUAAGCCAUACAAAAGUUGUAAGGGAAAUCAGGUCAUGUUGAUUUAGAGGCUAAAAUCGCAGUUCUGUUCCAGCUUUUGAUCAGGAAGCACAAAUCAUUCUCAGUUAUGGUUUUUAUUCUUUCAUUUCAUUUUUUUUUUUUAAAUAUAACAGUGCAAUAUCUCAUCAAGAAAGGAGUGGUUGCCAUAGUUGGACCAUUGACGUCUACUGGGGUAAAAUUUACACAGCCUUACUGCGCUGGUUUUCACAUUCCACAGCUUGCACCAGUGGCGACUGACCCAACAUUUUCAUUUACAUCAGCAAACUUUCCAUUCCUUGUUCGCCUCAGUCCGAGCGAUACGAUUCAGUGCCAGGCCUUGGCAGGCCUAAUUUCAUAUUAUAACUGGUCUCAAAUAUCUCUGUUGACAUCAAAGGAUGAUUACGGUUUGUAGAUUUUUUUGUUUUUGUUUUUGUUUUUGGUUUUUUUUUGUUUUUUCUUUUUAAUUGACGUUUGGUUAUUGCUUGUUUGCUUUAUUCUUUGUCCAGUCUCUUUCUGUUUUUUAUUUUUAUUUUUUUCUAUCAUCCGUUGCACCAUUAUUUGAUUUUAUUCAUGAUUAUUAUUUUUUUCGUUCAACUGAAAUCCUGGUACGACAUAUUGAAUACACCUAAAGUAUAAAAUGCCAGUGAUAAAUCAAUUUGCUUGAAGCUUAUUCCACUCUUGCCUGAACGAUAACUUUUAUUUUUUUAAUAUGUGAACAUAUUAACUGAGUUAUCUUGGUAGUAUAUUAAAUGAUAAACUAACUCACCUCAAUUCCGUACAAUGUUCAAAUCAGGAUCAAAAUCUCAAAGAUGGAAUAGUGAAAUAAUCUCAUAUUGUCUAUAUCUUUAGGUAUUAAUGGUCUCUUAGCCCUAAAGGAUAUCGCAAAUCAAAAAGGUUGGAAAAUCUCUGCAAACGAACAUUUUGAUCCUAUCAGUGACUAUGCUUCCCUGGAUGUGAGUCCACAGCUCGAGGCGAUAAGAAAAACGCACACCCGGAUUGUUGUCUUGAAUACAAUGGCACGUUACACAGUUGUUGUACUUACACAAGCUUUUAAUAUCGGAAUGCUCAAAGAUUGGGUAUGGAUCGUUACUGAUGGCUCAACUAAUACAGUAAGUCCAUCCGAAAGAGCCUCUAUGUGUAUGAAACUUAAACGUCGUGAUGUUAUUAUCCAUUUAAGGUGCAUUUUUCUAGUGGCAUAGUACCAUUUCCUCCUCUCUCAGUAACCCGGUGUUAUGCAACCUUCCCCGCGACAUUCGUUAGCUUUUGUGGGGUGGUCCUGCAUAUUAUAAUUGAUUGCAAUUGGUAAAGAGCUUUUGAAUGAUAUUUUGGUCAUGGGUAGACAAUGAAUAAGGUCAAGGAGUGGAGACGAUAUUAUCGUUGACACUGGAAUGGAGAAAAGGCAGGAGCUAGACAACUCAGGCAUAAUUAGUGCAAAUUUUGACUACAAAAAUAUUUUCGAGCUGGUUAAAAAACUUUCUGGUUUUACUGAAAGUGUGUAAUUCUCUUUCUUCUAAGGACUGGAGCUUAAUCCCUGGCGACUAUCCACUCCAUGAAUUUUAUGGUGUUAUAGGAACCAGGCCCUCAUCUGGUUCUGGUAAAUUGUACACAGAGUUUUCUCGCGUGUGGAAAUCGGAACGCCGCAGUGGAGUCAGUGUAAGCCCUUUCUCAAUGUCCUUUAACACAAAUAUAGCUAUAAGUUUUAGAGAGCACUGUAAGGAGAGGUAUUGCUUUAUCCUAGUUAAGGUGAUUUUUAAUUAACAAUGACCAAUUGUGAUCAGACUAAGUCGCAGGUAUCGAGAAGAGUUAGUCACAAGUGUUUAGUAUAUCGAUGUUUUCUUCUUUUUAAUAGAUACCAGGAGGAAAGAGCUACGACUCAGCACUUGUGAUAGGGGCAGCUUUGAAUAAAAUGAUCAAAGACGGAUUUGAAGUGAAAGAGGUCUCGCUUGAAUUCGAUUUCGAAGGAGAAGUCUCAACCCGGCCAUGGCCCCCAGGUCAAAGACUAAUGGACUAUAUUAAAAAUGUAAGUGCGAUUUAUUAUCGAAUCCAAUUACUUUCGAUGUUACGAAACGUCAUUAUCCGUUGUAUGACAUACUUUUUUAUUGUUCUGCAUGAAGGUUUCCACUGAUGGUUUAAUGACAUCCUUGUCAUUUGAAGAGAACGGCUCACCCACGUAUGCAGAAUAUGAUAUCGUCAACCUAGGAAGGACUGGUUUUAUUCAGGUUACUUAUUAUAUUUCUUUUCCAUUUUAGUUACACACGGUUAAAAAGGAAUGAAACCCCCUAUUAAUUCAAAAUUUAUUUGUCUAUGUUUGUAAAUAGAAUAAGUGAGAUGGUAAGUUUUGAGCUUCGUAAAGAGAAGGAGAAAGAUGAUUUUUCGUCUUGUCUCCAGCGUGGGAAAAAGAAAACUAUGCGUCCCCGUGAAUAAUCGAACCUCAGACCUUUGGAUUCAAAACUUACCAUCUCUCUCAUUCUAUUUACAAAAAUGACGCUAUCGACAUUGCUGAUCCUAGCAGUAUGCAGGAAGCGUGUCGUAUGAACUUCGUAAUAAACCUCGCUCAGUGGUAGGGCAUCGAAGCGCAGAAUCCGGAGGUCUGAGGUUCGAUUCCUCAUGAGGACUCGAAUUUUUUAUUUGUCCCACGCUCGUGACAAGACGAACAACAUCUUUUUCUAUGUACUUGCCUAAUGUGAAUUAAUUCCCACUGGAUCAAGCGAGAUUCGCUGUUAAAGUUAAUUAUCCGAAGUGGAACCUCGCAGCUCGCUUUUUGACAAACCUUUAUUUAUACUUAGGGUUAAGCCCACCGUUAGUCAUAGAAGCUCUCGCUUACAUGACGUGACUUUCAAAGUCAGUUUUGAUCGGAGUAUUUAUUUAUACCUAAAACGUUUUGAUCACUGAUAAAUUCAGUCGGGACACCCGUAAUGCCGAAAAGGAUUGGUUUAGUUCAGUUUUAGUACCACCUCUAACAAUCACAAAAGCCAGUAAGAUCUGAGGUUCAAAUUCUUUCGAGCACAAAUACUUCUCUGUCCCAUGCUCGUCAGAAGAGUUCAACAUCUACACUUAUUCCAUGUUCUUGCUCUUAUUCGUAUUCGAGUGCUAUCCUUUUAAAUACAGGUUGGUCACUGGAAUUCAAGAAAUGGGAUCGUAAUGGAUCCUCGACAGCCCGUGAUCUGGCUUUCUGGUUCUAUUAAUGUUCCCACAGACACUUCAACUGUAGUAGAGAACACAACCAUUAGGGUUGUUACCGUCAUCGUAAGUAAUGGACAAUGGACCUGGUGUCUUUAAUUUUUUUUUAUAUAAUAGUAAGCCGAGCCAAGGUUAUAAUGUAUAGAUAACCGAAAUGGCUUGCAAAUACCGAUAGAGCUAAGUAGAAGGGUGUAUUUUAUCGUUAUCAUUUUGCCCAUGUAUGUGUAGGUGAGAAAUGCUAGGAACCGAAAAGGAGUGCGCAAGGCGCAAAAUUGAAAGGUCAAGUUGACACUCCAGUCUCGGAUCAGUUUGAGCUGUUCUUCAGAAAGAUGCUCUCGUAUAGCUCUCUCCAUCAAGAAAUAUUAUAUGAAGAUGAUGGUAGGAGCAACCCAAGAGGAAAAAAAACUAUAUUCUGGAGGAGGUAGCAAUAUUACUUAUCACUUCAUACCAUUGAUACUGAACGUCCGGCGAUGUCGUUAUUUUGACUUGAGUGGAGGAUUGUGUAAAUCAUGUACAUAUGCUUAAUAGAUGUAAUAGAUCCUUUCAAAUAGGAUAGUAUCGCCUCUAAGUAUGUGUUAUUGUGUGUGUUUGUUGCUUUCACAUUUUGCAAUUUUAGGAGAAGCCAUUUGUAUUUAUAAAGAAAUCCAGCACUGGAGAAAAAACGUAUGCGGGUUUGUGCAUCGACUUACUAGAUAAACUAAAGGAAAAGAUGAAGUUCAGAUAUACAAUAGAAGAAUCACCUAAUAAUGUAUACGGUGCACCCGAUAUAUUUACUGGGGAGUGGAGUGGAAUGGUUCGGCAGCUCAUUGACAACGUAAGUUUGGCAUUUGGGACAGUUUUGCUGUACAUAUUACAAUUUCAUUUGCAACUUGUGCCAAAUUUAUACUAUUAUCUAAAAAUUUCACGGGAAUGGAACGCGCAGAGUAUUCGAUGGCACUAUAUGGUACUAUAAAACAGGGCGAAAAAUACGGACGAAAAGUGGAGUAACAAUGUAAAUCAUACUUCUAUAUAGAAUAUUGGAGUUCAAUGUCCUUCCUUUGGGUUCUGUUUCAGAAAGCUGACCUCGCCAUAGGUCCGUUCACAAUAAGCUCGAGCAGACAGACAGUAAUAGAUUUUACUCAGCCCUAUAUGGACGUCGGCCUAUCGAUCAUUAUGAGAAAAGAGGAGGAUAGUGAAUAUAAAGUGUUUUCUUUCCUCCGCCCGUUUGAUUUUAAUCUGUGGUUGGCUAUAGUAUCAACCACCUUAGGAGUUGGUGUAUUUCUGUGGGUCCAUAGCACAUUUAGUCCAUAUGGGUAUCACGGGCGAGUAGCACAGGCCAAAAGUACAAGGUCUAUUUCUAAAGAUGACAUCAAAGCCAAAGACAACUUACGGUUUUUCAACGCGAUUUGGUCUUCGUUCGCUUAUUACGUCAGUCAAGGCCCAGAUGUCUUACAUCCUGUGUCACUUUCUGGAAGAAUGGCAGUGGGAGUCUGGUGGUUUGCAGUCCUCAUAAUUGGUAUGUUAGAUGUGCCAAUAGAACUUGUCUUUCUACCAUUUUAUGUUCUCUAUUGUCAUCAUACUCAUUAGGAGACAGAUAUGUCGGUCAAACACAGUUCAGAAAUCCUAAAUUGCACCUGAAGCGAGGGUCGCCCACCAUUUGCCUAACAUGUGGGCGAAAGCAGAAUAUUUUGUUUAAAAAAUAGACAAACACUUUUACUGAUUUUCAUAAAGAGUUGCCCAACCAAGCAGCUGUGGACAAAUUAGAACACACGCCCUAGGCUGUGAGAUAAUGCUCAAUUACUUCCUUUAACAAGAUGAAUAUCAAUUAUCCUCCGGACUUUUCAUGACAAAAAUUAGUGUUAUAUUUCGAACGUACCAUUUUAGGGGCUACAUACACGGCGAAUCUUGCAUCUUUCUUAAUCGUUCAACGGUUUCAAACUCCAAUACAAUCAGUGGAGGACUUAGCUCGCCAAACAAAGAUCGAGUACGGAAUUCCCGGAAAUGGUCAGACCCAAACGUACUUCCAGACAUCGAGCAUUCCUACCUACGUCACAAUGUGGGAAUUCAUGAAGUCCAGUGGAACUAUUCUUAGAAAUUCCUCCGAAGGAAUCAAAAGAGUUCGCGGAGGGAACUUUGCAUUCAUCUUUGAUUCUGCAGUGCUUGAAUAUCACGUCCAUCAGCCACCGUGCAACACACUUUAUAUGGUGGGAAGGUAUAAUAUUAUGUAAAAUGUUUGAGAGAAAAAGUUAAUUGGCAGCUUGCAUGCAGGGUAUUAUUUUCCAGUUAUCUAAAGUAUCUCUCAAACACUUUGCUGCGUAUUCAAAAAGUGCUGAGGUUUAAGAGGUCUGCGUUUCUAACCUUGAAUUUGAACUUUGGCAACUUCUUCAUGAGAAUUGACGGUUUUAAUUAGCACGGAGAUUGGUGCAAUUUAUCGUGGCCCUCUGACUUAUCCACACUUUGCCUUUUCUCUCCACCUUCUCCUAUAAUGCCUAUAAUUACGUGAGCCAAGCGCAAUAUUUCUUCCCUUUAUCACUUCUCAGGGUAUUUGGAAAGUUUGGUUAUGGCUUUGGCCUGGCGAAAAACUCCCCUUUCACACAUCAAUUUAGCAUCAAUGUGUUGGAACUCAGACAGAAGGGAUACAUGGAAACGAUGAAAAGCAAAUGGCUUGUUGGGACAUGUCAAAAUGACGAAUCAAACGCAGGUGAGUGCACUAAGUCUCUUUCCAAAAGUUUAUAUUGACAUCAACAAGGAAGGGGUAUUGGGGUCUAUUAGAAACCGCAAAACCGUAGAAACAAUCAUCUAAAACUGCAAAACUGCAAACAAUUCUGUCAAAACCGAAAACUGCAAGCAAAACCGUCUAAAGCGAUAAAUUUAUUCCCGUUCAGACCAAAUAGGACAAAACCGAAAGCCACAUCGGAUACCAAAUCUGAAAACCUAUUGCUGCUUUUUACGAAUACCAAAGACCAAAUGCUUCGGACUGAAAGUCCGCAAACUGCGAUGCACACCAAAACCGAAAAACCGACGUUUGUUGGCACAAGCACCGAAAAACCGAUUUAAAAAAAUUGCCGAAACCGCUAAACCCAAUUCCCCCCCCACAAGAAAUGCGUAGGAUCGGAUUUCCUCUUGUAAUAUUCAUAUUUCAUGAUUUCAUGUUUUUCAGUUUCUAUUAUAUUAUUCUAGUAUCCCGUCAGUUAUAUAUGUACAAAUUCAUUUCCAUCUCCUUUGAAUUUUCCUCACAGAUACCUCCUCCUCGAUAAAUACAUCAGGGGAUGUAUUGACGUUCACAGAUCUAUCAGGCGUAUUCUAUUGUGUGUUGUUUGGCAUGGCCUGCAGUCUUCUCGUCUUACUGGUCGAACUCUUUGUUGAAGCACAUAAGGAUACCAAGCAAAAUCAAAAGGAGGUAGCAGUUUGAUUUUCUGGUUUAACCUUGCUAGGGAGUUUUCGUCAAGUACAACCUGACUAUUGAGAGCUUUAAUUGAGCGCGUGAGAUUUGAGCCAUUUGAAGCACUGAGUUUGUUAAAUUACAGAGAUUCCCUAGGCAAGGGAGUGCUUAAUUCUUUAUUUAAAACAGGGGACACUCGAUUUGAUUAAAUUCCAUUCUGUAUAACGAUCAACCUUUUGCGAUAAAUGGUUUGAUGGUCUGUGUAUUUUAGUUUGUUUGAGUAUGUAGAAGGUAUUUUGAAACGGUUUGAAUAUACAUAAAUGAGGUCUGGAACGAAUCAAUCAGUUGCGGACUUUCCUGAAAUUACAAUAAACCUAACUCCGUGUGUAUGUCACUCUGAAACUUUACGUUUACUUAUCAAUUUUCUUCCUAUUAUCACCAAUGGAAUCGAAUGGGUGAGCUAAAGAAAAUUUUCUCUCUACUAGGCCCGAGUUGAGGCACUAAAAAGACGCGUAUGGGCUUCCUGGCGAGCAUAUCAAGGACCAGGUCGCACCAUUACUUCCUCUGUUGACCCGGAAGAUGCCUCACGUUGUUUUCAGACAAGAGAUUGUUCCAACUCAGCUCCAAGAAUGGAUUCUAUAAAUGAACUUGUUAUUGACGACAUUAAAAAGAAGAAAAAUGGUGAACUCAAUGGCUUGAAACGAAAAGAAACAAAACCCCGCGCCUCGCCAAGCCAUAGGAGAAGUUCUUUAGUUUAGCUUGUAAAAAGAGAGUACUUUCCUUGUUGGGCGAUAUUCUGAUAAGCUUAUUUUCAAUCGAGGGCGCAGACAGAUUAAACCUUGGUUCACCAUAGUUUGCAGCGUACCAGAUCAUGUUCUGUACUUACUUAGAAUCCUUUAUCCCAUACAAAAAGAGAUAAUUCGAAGGUCAUCACCAUUGACUGGGCAAUAAUAACGCUAUAAAAGUAAGCGCAAAAUAAUAAACAAACGAAGAAACAAACAUUCGAACAUUCGAAAGCAUGCAAAAAAUAUCACAGGAACAUCAUAGCAUGUAAUUGGCUGGACAUUGUUCAAUGCUUAAUCUCUCCUAGUAUAAUAUCGUGCAAAGUUGGUGUGCGCUAAUCGAACUUCUAUUUCAAAGAAUAUUAUCAUAAAUAUACAACUAAGAUAAUGGAUACUGUGUUAUAAUUUAAAAUUAAUUUUAAAAAGUAAAUGAGAUCCCAAUUGACUGGAAAGUACCCUGUAGCGAAUAGCGAACAAACAAACAAAAAAAUUGUAAAAAAUAAAACUUAUUCACUAAUGCAAUACGAGAAUAAGAUCCUUUGUGUCGAGUAAGACAAUUUUAAAUGGAUUAAGCCUUUCCGCAAUGGGUUUUACUAAGCUUAAUCGGAAGUAUCAGCGGCACUCCAUCGUUUUUCAGGGAGGGGGAGUGGGAUCAAGCGUUGUAAAGAACCACUUCUGAUUUUCUUGCGUUUCAAUAUUUGGAAAAUUAUAUUUCACCAAGUACACUUGUUGCCUGACACUCAAGAUUUUUUUUUUCCAAUAAAACGACGGGAAAAAUUAGCAUGAACAGUCUGUAAAGUCUCAAAAAUUAAAUGCAUUUAAAAUAGCUCUGGAUCUCCAUUAGGUCUUAGUUUCGAAAGAAUAACAAAACAAACAGAACAAAAGCAAUGGGCUAAGAACAAAAAACAAAAAAAUUAAAUCAUCUGUUUCUGUCGUUUGAUUUUAUUAAUUCUUCUGUUUCACGUCAUUUAGAACAAAAGUCUAUAACAUACCAAUUUUAUCAUUUCAUUGCUCGCUUUACAAUUCAAACAUUUUUGAAAUGUCUUAAUUACGGCUUCUGUUUGACUCCCAGCAAGAAAUCAUUGUAAAUCAAUUAAAUUCAAAUUUAGCUCUUGCUGCAAAUAAUCUCAAGGACUUCCCACUGUGCUGAAAAUAAAAGUUCUUAUUUUGCUUUGUUAAGCUCCUAGUAUGUGUCCCAUAGGUCAUUAUGACAAAAAUAGGAAGCCAUCAAUAAAACGGUUUCUGUUGUCAAAAUUGCAAAAAUAUCACGUACGUCAUUUCAAGAUUGUCGAAAGAUCAAAGCUGAGAAUUUGCACAUAUUCUUUUCUUGGAGGGUAGAAAUAUGUGUUCGUUGAUAUUUAUUGCAAUUAUUUCAAUUGUAUUGACCUCUAUUCUCACUGUUAAUGCACGAGUUGUAAAAGUUGGUAAGUUUACCAUGAUGUCAGAUGCACACUCUCGUUGCGUUUCUCUUAAGCACUGAAUAUUUUACGGUCUAUCCGAGUCCAGAAUCUUUAAAGCAUAUAGAAAGGAAUUAUUAUCGAACAGCAGCGAGUUUAAAUCGAUAUGUCUCCUUCUUUCCAACGCGUGGAUGUAAUAUUGUCCCGUCAAGCACUUUCGUUUCAAAACACUACAGCUUAAUUCUAUCUUCAUUCAGUGUUAUCAUUUUUCUCAUUAUCUCCAAAACUGUGUACUUAACAUAGGGGCCAUAUUUGAGAAUGAAAGGUUGAUUAAAUCCUUCCUUGUUGCCAUUGAGGAUGUGAACAGAGAUCCCAACGUUCUACCCGGAAUAAAGCUAGAAGCUUCUAUUAACAUGACCAAACCACUGGAUGCCUUUGAUAAUUUAAAAGCAGGUAAGACUUCAAUUUAAUCCUAGAAAUUAACUUUAUACCAUUUUUAAAUUUUUUACAACGAGAUAAAUUUCAAAUGAUGCACCACUUUGCAAUUUCGUUCCAGCGACAUUUACAGUCAUGUUUUUUUUACUCCUAGAUGCUUCUGUUUAUGUUCUAUAUAAACAACUAGGUAAUAGAUUCACGUGUCUCUGACUCAACAAAAUGCAACACAGCAGAUGCAGCUAUUUGCUGAUAUAUGCUAUAAUUGUGUAUUCCCAGCUCAAUACCUUAUCCAACAAGGUGUCGUGGCCAUAGUGGGUCCUAUGAGGUCAUCAGAUGUGAAAUAUACGCAGCCAUAUUUUUCUGGUUUUCACAUUCCACAAUUCGCUCCAGUGGCAACAGAUCCGACUUUCACCUCUACGCCAGCCAACUUCCCUUACCUCGUGCGAAUGAGUCCGAGUGAUACUAUUCAAUGCCAAGCUUUGGCAGGAAUUAUGAAACAUUAUAACUGGAGUCAGUUCGCUUUACUUGUCUCUAAGGAUGACUACGGUGUGUUGAUUUUAAAGUUACUUUUAAUUCAUAAAAGUCUUAACUCGACCCAGCCAAAAUUGUUGAUUGUAUUGCACCAUUACUGAUCAAAUAACUCUUGCUUUUUAAAACCCUUGAACUGCUAUGAGAGACCAAGACAAAAUUUCUCCUGACAAUAUCCGAAGACAAAUGAAGGAAAAUAUUAAUUAGAAAAUUACUAGGUGAUUCAAAGCUAAAUUAUCCAAACUAACAUCAUAAGUAAUGCAUGACAGACAGCAAGGGGAAUUACUAAUGAGAUGUUGGGAGUGAAAGGGUUAAAAGACGCAAACACUUGUUCCUCUCUAUUGGCUUACGUAGGCUGUGUGUUUUGUGUGGUACACAUCGGUUCAGCAACGGCCCUCUGCAUAGGUUGGUGCUCAUUGAUAACGAGAGUAACGUUUAUGUUCAUAAUGAAUAUCAAAAAGUCGUCGUAUCAUUUCCCAGGUAUUAAUGGCGUCUUAGCCCUGAAGGACGAGGCAUAUAAAAGGGGAUGGAUAGUCUUAGCGCAUGAGCAUUUUGAGCCCGUCUCAGAUCCUAAUUCACUUGACGUUAUAAAGCAACUAAAAUGGAUCCGACAAACUGGCACAAGAAUAGUGGUUUUAAAUUGUUAUCUGAGAUACUCAAGACAGGUAAGUAAGUCUGUACAGACUACUUAUUAGGUAAACACUGUGCACAAUAAUGCAGACCAGUGUCGUUAAAGAAUGCAACAAAGCGAGGACUGGUUGCGUUAUCCUUUACUUUCGUAAUUCUCUACCCCCUUUAUACAUUUACAUGUAACAGUUGGUAAAGAACUGUGAAAAUCGUCAUAGAUGAACUGUAAUAAAUUAAUUUAACCAAGAUUAUCAGUGGAUCACAAUGUCCUCUGCUUAACCUUCCGUAAACGUAGGACUUGCGACAAGAGCUGAUUCAAUACGUUUCUAAAACCGAGGCAAAUUAUGUUUUAAAGCCAGAAGCUCGACCUCGUUUGAAACAGAAAAAACUCAUGACUCGUUACUAACGAGUGACUCCUGCUCAGAGAGAAACUGGUGCCUCAUGGACGUUCCCGCGCCAAUAAUACAAAUGCAAUAACAACGUGGCAUUAAAUUUAUCGUCUGUGGUGAUAAGGUUGAUAUAAAACAGCAUUGUAAAUAUAUUGUGAUGAAAACUCAAAACAGAUCCUAAAACAAGCUGGUGACUUAGGGAUGACGACUGAUUGGGCUUGGAUCAUAACAGAUGCACAAACAGGACGGGUAAGAUAACUUUCUCCGUCGUAAGUGUUUGCAGAACAUAAACUCAACUGAGUAUACAGAAAUCCCCAGUCUACCACCUAAUUGGCGGAGGGGCUGCCGUACGUUUUUCAGGAGACAUAAUGAAAUAAAUGAAAGAAAAAAAUCUCCCAAAUAGGGAGAUGUAAUCUUAAGAGCAUCUCAGAAACUCGAGUUUGACGAGAAUGCCAUAUCCUGCACGGAGACGUCCAGGCCCCCUCAGGCUUUUAUAAUAUGUUUACCUUGUUUCCAUAAUUGUUUCUUUUACUUCUGUUCCAAAGGACUGGCAGACUCUUGGUGGCGAUUUUGUAUUAAAUCAGUUUUAUGGAGUCAUGGGAACACGAUUAGCAUUUGGAGAGGGUUCGCGAUACAAGGAGGUCGCUCAGGAAUGGAAAAGCCAUGAAUACGGUGAACUUGAUGUGAGAAAUGACCAAUCAUGAUUUUCAUCACACGAACCUUGAAAUCUUAUUAGCCCUAAGCAAUGUUUCUGUUUUCCAUUAGAUCUCAUCCGUUUCUUUACUAAUUAGGGAGUGAAUUAAAACAAAUAAUCAGAUUUCAGGGCUUGUUAAAGUAAGAAAUCAGAUCGAACUUUUUGUCGUCGAUACGUCGUUAAGAAAUACUCUCCGACGCAUGAAAUCUUGCUUUUCUUUCUAUAUUAUUGGGAAUAUUACACACAACAUGAUUUUUGCUGAUUUUCCUUCAAGGUUGUCACUGGAAAGUGCUAUGAUGCCGUCCUUGCUCUAGCAUCUGCACUUCAUUAUAUGACUUUAGAUGGUUAUGACGUCAGUGGGGACAAGUUGAAAUUUGAAUUUGGCAAGGGCUCAGUUAAACCUUGGAGAAAUGGAGCGAACUUAAUGAAGUACAUUAAAAAGGCAAGCAAAUAAGAACGGUUAUCCUUUGGUACCUUCAGACUUCCUGUGGGGCGUCUACAUUUUAUGUUCUGAAAAGGAACAUGACAAGAUUACUAAUCAAAGGGAAGGCUGCUGGAGAACACUAUUAAGAUGAAGGGUUGCCACGGAUAUUCGCAACUAUCUGUUUUCUAGACGUGGCCAGCCCUGGUUGAGGUAACUUAACAGCCCUUGAGCAAAUGUACUCCAGAAUAACCAGUUUCACCCCCGGAUUCAUUUUAUUGAGGCUUGAAGAGACACCUUUCCAAAAUUACCUAGAAAAAAGAGUACACGAUUAAAAAAAAAUCAAGAAAUUUGCAGGCAACGAAGGAUGUUGUGUGCUCGAGGUUUGGUGGUCAAUUUUUAGAAAAUGACGCGCAGCUUUUUUCGCGCUCAAAGCUAGAUAGUGAAGAACUAACACUCGCAACGUCAGCUUUAAAAACUCCUCACAGUGGCAAAUUUACUUUACCAACUCAGUUGAUUUACCAAAUUAUCUUGUAAGCCCUUUAACCGACAUAGCAACCUCCUUUCUCUAAAAAGGUACCCCUUUAUUUAUUUAUAGAUUGAUUAUAUCUAUGUAAGAAACAUUAUUAUAAUUGUUAUAUCAUUGCGAAAACAAGAUUUCCUUAAACGUGUAAUUUUUUUAAGAUCAUGUUUUACGAUAGACCUUUACAACAGACAUUUUCAUUCAAAAACAAGAAUUACUCUAACGAAACGUUUUACUAAUAAAUCACAGAACAUUGCUUACAGGUCCGUACCAGUGGCAUUAUGAAUGACUUAGAAUUUAUUGGGGACGGUUCUCCAACUUUUCAGGAAUUUGACAUUGUAAAUUUGGGAAGAACUGGUUUCGUGAAGGUAAGCCAUUAGUCAGUGUAACUAUUUAUAUACUACCAAAUAUAUUCUGGCAGCGAGGGGUUAGAUGGAGGUGGAAACGUCAAACAAUUUUUGGAUAAAUUUGAUUUUUUAUUCUAGGUCGGCAAAUGGACGCCAUCGGAAGGAGUUGUCAUGUUUCCAGAAAAACCUGUACUUUGGCUAUCUCAAUCACUAGAGGCCCCGAGUGAUCGGGCAGACACCGUAGAAAACAUCAGCAUUCGAGUUGUUGCUGUGAUAGUAAGUUACAAAUUUUAGUACAAGCGUCCAGUAAUUUUGACUGUUAGGGCUGAAAUUAUGGGAGUCGGGCAAAAAUUAGAAUAAGAAGUCACAGCCGCUGUCAGGACAGUUUUUUGCCAUUCUAUCGAUCAUGCCCCAAUGAAAGUUUUUGCAACAUAUAUGGGUAGCUUUUUGUCUAUUUACGUAGUAAAAGGGAAGCAAGUUGGAUGAUAAUCCUUAAUAGCCGGCAAUCGUGAUGCUUUGGAAAGCAAAUCUUAAAUGAAGCAGCUUCCCGGUACAGCUUUGCAUUUGAUUUUCUAUUUAUUUAUUUUCAGCAACCACCUUUCGUGGAGGAGAAAGUUGCUAAGACGGGAGAGAUAAUUUAUACAGGAUUUUGUAUCGAGCUACUCGACAGACUUCAGCAAGACAUGAAGUUUCGGUACAGAAUAGAGGUUUUACCUAGUAACCAGUACGGUUCAUGGGAUGUUUUCAGCCAGAAGUGGAAUGGGAUAAUCGAACAUUUAAUUGAGAGAGUAAGCAGUUUUCUCUUUAUUGCUGCUUUGGGACGCCUCAGAUGGGAGAAGCUUCCCCCUCCCUCCUCCAAUCGUGAUCUCAGGUUUCUCGUCAAAGCUAGUCACCUCUCUUAUCACUAAGAAGUUAUUAGAAUAUCAUUAUUGGUAUAAUUGUUGAUGAUCAUGUCUGAGUGUAAGUCUGACGUCCGUUGACCAUAGUGUAUUUAAAAUAAUGCUGAUUUUGCUCUUAUCAGAAAGCAGAUCUGGCGAUUGGCCCUCUAUCUGUCAGCUCACAACGGCAAAUAGCCGUGGAUUUCACUCAACCAUUCAUGCAUCUUGGCUUGUCAAUUCUCAUCGAAAGCAAAGUCAACGUGGACUACAAGAUGUUCUCUUUUCUGAAACCUUUUAACACAUCCCUCUGGUUGGCCAUUGUCGCAGGGACAAUUUUAGUUGGUUUCUUCUUGUGGCUUUACGCCACGUUCAGUCCACGUGGUUAUCACGGGAGGAUUGCCCAGUUACGAGACCAAAACAGCGUAAGGGACGAUCACUGGAGCACAAAGGACUGUCUUCGGCUGUUCGAGUCCGCGUGGUCAUCGUUUUCUUACACAGUUGGCCAAGGAGCCGACGUAGCACAUCCACAGUCCACAUCCGGGAGGGUUAUCAUCGCCUUUUGGUGGUUUGCCAUGUUGAUAAUAAGUAAGAAAUACCAUCCAUUGCUAGAAGAAAAUUUAAAUUCAAUUACGAGUCUCGCUCGAAAAUAGGACAAUACUUAUCAGAACAUUUGCCAUCUUCCUUGUUCUGCUACCUUAUUACAGUGGGAGGUCUGCUUCUCUUCGUAGACGGAUACUGGCGAAGUGUAACAAGCGCCCAUGUCCCUUCUCCAAUGCAUCCUCGGACAGCUCAAUUGAUGAAAUAUUUCUAUUUUAGAUAGAAAGGGGUGCUGUGAGAGUACAGAACUCUUACAUCCAGAAGCUCGACUAAAGGGGAUAACGCAGCGAACAGCUUAUAUAUUUUGCCUGAGAAAUGAACUUAAGUGCUAGACAUUAUUUUUUAAAAAAGGAACAAUUUGACAUUUUUCUCCAACAUUUAGUUUAUUGAGCUCAUCCAAAGUUGCAUUUGCCUUUGGUGUUCCGUGGGUCUCAGAAUUCUCUUUGGGUGAAAUCAUCAAAAGCGUUUGUUCGUCAACGUUUCCAUGUAAUUUUUAUCACCAAAGGUCGCUAUGACUUCUGACUUUCCAUCCUUGCUUUACAAGAGAAGAAAAACAUGAAUUUUUGAAGAUUUUAGAUAUAUGAAAAUUUCACAUAUUUGCACUGCGGUGGAGAGAUGAAAUUAGGAGAUCCUCGCAGCUAAGAACACUACUGAAACGAGUAGUUGUAAAUAGGACCUGAAAAAAAUUCAGGCCCGUACGGGAUUUGAACCCAUGACUUCUGCGAUACCAGUGCAGCGCUCUACCAAUUGAGCUAACAAGCCAACUGGGAGCUGGUCAAUGAAUUGGGUACAAAUAAACAUCCAAGUGAAUGAAGAUUUUAGAUAUAUGAAAAUUUCACAUAUUUGCACUGCGGUGGAGAGAUGAAAUUAGGAGAUCCUCGCAGCUAAGAACACUACUGAAACGAGUAGUUGUAAAUAGGACCUGAAAAAAAUUCAGGCCCGUACGGGAUUUGAACCCAUGACCUCUGAGAUACCGGUGCAGCGCUCUACCAAUUGAGCUAACAAGCCAACUGGGAGCUGGUCAAUGAAUUGGGUACAAAUAAACAUCCAAGUGAAUGAAGAUUUUAGAUAUAUGAAAAUUUCACAUAUUUGCACUGCGGUGGAGAGAUGAAAUUAGGAGAUCCUCGCAGCUGCUGCACCGGUAUCGCAGAGGUCAUGGGUUCAAAUCCCGUACGGGCCUGAAUUUUUUUUUUUUUUGAUCUCCUAAUUUCAUCUCUCCACCGCAGUGCAAAUAUGUGAAAUUUUCAUAUAUCUAAAAUCUUCAUUCACUUGGAUGUUUAUUUGUACCCAAUUCAUUGACCAGCUCCCAGUUGGCUUGUUAGCUCAAUUGGUAGAGCGCUGCACCGGUAUCGCAGAGGUCAUGGGUUCAAAUCCCGUACGGGCCUGAAUUUUUUUCAGGUCCUAUUUACAACUGCUCGUUUCAGUAGUGUUCUUAGCUGCGAGGAUCUCCUAAUUUCACAUGAAUUUUUGUUUUCACAGGUGCGUCUUACACUGCCAAUCUGGCCAGUUUUCUAGUCACGGAUGUCUUUGAGACACCAAUCAACAGCCUUGAAGACUUAGCUGCCCAAACGAAAAUCAAGUAUGGCUGCGCUAAAGACAGCCACACCAUGGCAUUCUUUCAAAUGUCACGCGUUCCAACCUAUGCAAAGAUGUGGGCAUUUAUGAAACGUCACGACACUUUGGUGGAAAACGUGACCGAGGGUAUCAGAAGAGCGAGAAAGGGUGGAUAUGCUUUCAUAAGUGAGUCAGCUGUAUUGGAUUAUUACACAGAACAAAGGCCCUGCAACACGUUGACCACAAUUGGAAGGUAUGGUGUAAGUUAUGUAAGUUACGUUUUGCAACUUGAUGAAUUUGUGUACAAUCAAAAUCAAGUCUCUAUUCUAUAUCGAAUAUUUUCUUUUUUGCUGGCCAUACAGAAAGAAAAAAAAGGUGAAAGCUAUGGAAAAUGUAACAAAUUUCUGGCGCAUGGCUGACCCUCAUCCCUAGGGAUCAAUCAUUGAAAUCGCUGGGGAAGGGGAGGGGAGGAUAACUCGUCGUCGUCGUUAACAUAUUAUAAAGGGACGAUUAGAGAAACUUAAUUGCCAAAUGAAGGCGAUCGAUACCAUUCGAGUACUACUGAGCCUCAUGGGGUGAUAAGGUAAAUUGUAUUCCCCCUGCCCGUCCCCUUUCCCCAGUCCCCAGGCGAUGAAUAAAGAAUAAAGACCGGCCUCUUAUAUCUGUUCCCUGCAGAGUAUUCGGCAAGUUCGGCUAUGGCUUUGGGCUUCCCAAGAACUCCCCUUUCACACAUCAGUUCAGUGUAAAAAUCCUGGAAUUGAGGCAAAAAGGAUUUCUCAAACUAUUGAGGGAAAGGUGGCUUCAAGGAGUGUGUGAGACGACUUUGCAAGAAUCUUCAGGUAUGCAAAUGUAUGAACUUUGGAGUUCGUGCAAUCAGAGUAUUCAAUUUAGAGUUCAGGUUACGAUGUCAUUGCCGCAAGUGAAGGUCAUGUUCAUAUUUUCAGACACGUCCUUCACGGGAGACGUUUUGGUAUUUAAAGACAUGGCUGGUGCAUUUUAUGCUGUCUUCUUUGGCCUGGCUUUCAGCUUGAUUAUACUUCUGAUUGAAUUGACAUGGGCGGCGUACAAUGAUCACAAACAAGGCCAGGUGGGUUACAUAAGAAAUGAAUAAGCCUUCCGGAGCUUAUAUAGGUAAUGCUUUUGGAUUAUGUGUUUCGUUUUUUGUCGUUAAAUGUUUGUUGUUUUUGUUGUUGCUGUUCAUAUUUUGGCGAGGUUUGCUAUCCUUUCCAAAACGCUCGAUGCAGGCAGUCGAAGUUAGCCUUGAACUGAAUAUAAAUCAUAUCUCAUACAAUCACAUGGUAAACAAGACCAAACAUGAAGACUUCUGGGUAUGAUCCACGAGGAAGUCUAAGUAGCAUUAAUUGGCAAGGAUAAAUUAAAAGACUUGUUUCUCAAAUCAUUGAAUACUGCGGUAGUAAAGUGAUAAGGACAAGACACUCUCCAAGCUAGGCUCCUUUUCCACUUCCGGUAUCCUUGUUUUUUUCCGGUAUCCUUUUUAUUUCCGAUAUCCUCUUUAUUUUUUAAGAGAAAAAAAGCACAUCUAUGCUGGAGAAUCUCAAGAACAAUUAAUUCAUGUUUGGGAUAUUAACCGUUUACGGAAAUGACAGAUGAAUGGAGAAAGGCAAUAAUAACAUUUUGUCUACCCAAAACAGCCAGAAAAAAUUGGGAGAUUGUUACCUUUUCAAGUGUUUACUACGAUGGUGUUGUGAGUUAAUGUUAAAAAAAUGCAAGAUCAUAGUAGAAUUUGAAGUUGAAUUAAUAUUACUUUCCUUUUUUAAAGACUUUCAGCCUCGUACAAGGCUUUCAGGACAGAGUGGUAAAGUCUUGGAAAAACAAACGAGGAAAAUCUCUCAGUCGCUACAAGUAUAAUUCUAAAGCCGAUACCAACUGGAGUAUUGCUCUUCAACAGCUGCAGACACUGCUGCCUAAAAAGGAAGGGGUAGAGGACAAACCCAAAAUAGGAAACAGGGAUGAACUUCAGGCUAAAAGAGGUUUGCAACAAAACUACGAUGCAACAGAACAUGUUAACCAGCAUAAGAGCACACCGUCGGCCUAUAUAUAACGCACAUUGCAUGUCAGAGAACAUUCCGGGAUAAGCAAUGUUUUUUAUCGUAUCAAAUGCGGCUAGAUCAACAGCCCUGCUUUGGUUUCUUUUUUUCGCACUAGCGGAUAACUAUUUAUUAUCAUUAUCA